AUUUCGGGUUGCUUCCGAAACAGUCUAUGUCGAGUGAAUUUUGUAGGUUUGUAUGUUUUCGGCCUCGUAAGCCUUGUACGGCUUCAAACGGCUUAAAAGAUGAGUGAGAAUGGCUUUGGACAUUCUGAACUAAUUCACCUUGAGCUCAAAAACGGUAUGUAUAUUUUUAGGCUAUGCGUGGAAGCGAAAAAUCUCCGGCAUUUAUAGUGCUCUGUCUGUACAUAAACAAUAAGCAUAGUUGAUCAGUGCAGAAUAACUUUUGUUUUAUUUCGUUAGCGAAUUUAACAGUACACGAAGAUGAAAAAGUUGGGCUGGAGAAUUUUGAACUUCUCAAAGUACUGGGAACUGGAGGUAAAUAGCAAGAAGUUUGAUUGAAUUUGAGAGAGGUUUCGUGCAGUUCUUGUGCGAACCCGUUUGUGAUUUGUAUGUGAGGUGCUUGUUGACUUACGAAAUUAUAACUUUUCGCUUGACAGCCUAUGGAAAAGUUUUUCUCGUUCGCAAACGAGGUGGAAAUUUCUCUGGUAACCUUUACGCCAUGAAAGUCUUGAAGAAAGCCACGAUCGUUCAGAAAGCGAAGACAGCUGAGCAUACAAGAACAGAGAGACAAGUCCUAGAGGCCGUGCGAAGAUGUCCGUUUCUUGUCACAUUACAUUGGGCUUUUCAAACCGAAUCCAAGCUUCAUUUGAUUAUGGGUAUGUUUAAACACUUUUGACGCCUUGUCCGCCAUAUGGAAAUACAACUAACCCCCUCAAGAAGGCUUUUCUAUAACUUAAUUUCAUCACAACAUCAACAAAAUCAUUUUUGUCAAGCUAAACACAGAUUUCAUGCCGUUGUCACGUCUGCGAGGUCUAUAUCUGUUGUCAUUUCCUCAGGCAAUUCUGCAUCUAUACCAUCUUUCAUUUUCACGCAAAAUUUGCAUGAUCUUUUUCCGAUCUCGAAAUAUAAUGUUUUAAUUUUCCUUGGUUGAAAUAUUACGCUGAUUUAACUUCGUUAACUGCAGAUUAUGUCAAUGGCGGAGAGUUGUUCACUCAUUUGUAUCAACGGGAGAAAUUCUCCGAAGAUGAAGUACGGAUCUACAUAGGCGAAAUCGUAAUCGCCAUCGAACAUCUUCAUAAGGUAAGUGAAACAGAAAGGCAGUUUUUUUUCUUGCCGUUCUUCACCUUGGCUCCUAAGCCAACACAACCUGCUCAAUCGAAUCUGUUCACUUACACACCUAAGUUUUUGGAGGAGUAAACCCAUUCUUAGGUGCGAAAGUCUGGAUAUUUUGGAAGAUGUUUAACAGUCGUUGAGAUUUGACACCUUUCCUGGGGCCGGUGUUACUUACACUCGACUUUGCGUGCAAGUUAUUAACUUUUUAGGCUUAUUCUUGAAAUUUCACGAUAUGUGUAGUUUGCCUAAUAAGAAUUGCGAUAUUGAUUUAUUUACAGCUCGGUAUAAUUUACCGUGACAUCAAGUUAGAGAAUAUUCUGUUGGACUCCGAUGGUCACGUCGUGAUCACAGACUUUGGAUUGAGUAAAGAGUUCUCUGCGGCUAAUUCUGUAAGAUUAUUUUUAUGUAUAUUUAUAAACUUCCGCUGAAUUUGUUUUUCAUGACAGCUUAAAAUGUCUAAUGACCUUGCAAUAUCAGUAAACAUAUUGUGGUAAUUGAUUAUUUAAAAUUGUUCCCAGGGGGAAAGAGCUUAUUCUUUUUGUGGCACCAUUGAAUACAUGGCUCCUGAAGUUGUUAAAGGUGGAAGUCGAGGCCAUGAUAAGGUAAAUGAUGAACAUUAAUAUUUAUAAAUCAUCAAACACUAUGUGAUAUUAAUUCAUAUUCAUCAGUGAUAGUUUUAUACCAUUUUUGGCAUAAAAGGUACCCCUUUCAUACCCCUGUCAAAUCCCUAGUUUAGAACUUGGUAUCCCUUUCAACUGCUGUAAAUGCAAAUAUAAAUAAACCUUAAACCAGAAGGUUUUGUUGACAUUUUCACAGCCGUCAAAUGCAGCUGUUAGUCCUUUGGGUCCUUUUUAAUGACCACAAUGACAGAUUUCCAUACCCUUUCAUAUACUUCAAAUAUUGAAAUCCAUACCCCUUUCAGGCAGAGCCCCCCCCUAUAGGCCAUUAUAGGGAGUACUCCCCCAGGCUCCCAACUCUCAAGGCUGGCUGUAAUUCUGUCAGUACUAACACUGGGACCAGGGCUAUUGUUAAAAGCUCAACAGUGCAUAAUAUUCACACUUUGUAUAAUUUAAGGCAUCAAAAAAUUUUAAACCUGGAUUGGACCAGAUCAUAUCACCCCGUGAAAAUCACUAAAUGAGUUAAAAUUUAGGAUAGGGACAAUGAUCCCAUUCUGUUUGAUCCAGGCUGACAGGCUAUAAUUUACUGUAAUAUUAAAAACAAAUCAUGUUUAAUGCACAGGGAACCCAAGGUUCUAUAAGACUAGUGAAAUACCCUAUUAUGUGCUAAUAUGCAUGAUCAUAAUUUUAUGGCAUGGUCAUAAGCUUGAGAAAACAGCAAAAAUUUCACAUGGCCACCACUGGUUUCCUAGCAAAAUGACAUUGUGUUGCAAGGGAAAUUUGCUCCAACCAAUCACGAGUAGGCUCUCACCGAUAGUGCUCGUAAAAAAAACCAUUAUUAAAAUGCUUAAAGCAGUGCUUGUUUUUUGCCAAAAAGUGCUAAAAUAAUGCUAAUUUUUUUAAAAAGUGCUCGUGGGUUACAUGAGAAAGCUCACUUUUUUCAAUUUUUUUAAACAUAGAAUAUUACAUUUUUCAGAUUUUCAGUUACAUUUUUCAACAACAAAAUGGCAGAGUAGACUCUCGAGCUAUCUCUGCCCUGGCUGGCUGACUUCCAUUGCUCCUUGAUGAUAACGUGGAUGACGCCAUCUUCAAAUGAGUGUGGACUGGGUUUCUAGAGGGCAACCGCUGACCUAUCAAACCUAUUCCCCAGCAUUACAACUUCACGCCGAUUUAAGUGUGUACCCCAAAUUUUGGGGUUAUCAAGUAUUCAUAUAUUCAGGCUAUUGUUCUUGCCAUUGUCGAUUACCUUCCGAAGAAUCCACGAGCGGAAUUCCUUUGAUUUAGGUGCGAUAUAUCUCUUUUGUUUCGAAUUUUGUUGCUUGAUUGACUUUUUAAUCCCCAUUGUUACCUGAUGAGUAUUAAAUUUAUCCAUUAAAAUACUCAGACUUGCCUGUUAAAUUUGCUGCAGUCUGUGGGAACGCUUACAAGUCUUUUAAGCGUGGCGGACAACUCUGGUUGCAUAACAUAUUUUCGGUCACGCACCGUAUUACAAAGGAAACAAGCCUGAUAAAUUUGAAGUUGAUUAAAGCUUAUAAAUACCUGGUAUCCAAUAGCAUUUUUUUUAUUAAAUACUCUCUUGCCUUGAAAAUAAAUUGGCGUUUUAAAGAAUUGCUGCGGAAGUUAUUUAUUAGAACGUUUUAUUCAUUCAGUAGCUCUGCAAUCAAGAGCGAACAACUCUUUUUUAAAUGUAAAAAAAGCAAGCGGUGAAUGCAUUUAACGGGAUGACACAGUUUUAUUAGAGUGUAGUUUCACUUUUUUGGACGUUUUCGCUUGCUUUUCAGUUUUUUUGUUGUUGAACAAAACCUUUCGUUUCAGUUACGUGACUGCAGGGCCCGAAAUAACCGCGUAUUGUCAGUUCACCGAUUAGUAUGACAACUUGAUUCGCGGAGAAGUCGAGUGAGACGGGAAAUAUCUAAAAUCAAAACAAGAGCUGUAAUCGACAGAUCAAAACUUGCGGAGUUCAUAAUUCAUCGAAAUAAUUUUGUAGAAACCCUUGUAUAGUUUCAUUGCUCUGGAGAAAUGAAUAACUGUUAUGAUUGAAUGAAUGGAUAACUCUCGGCCGGAUUUUAUUAAGCGAUAGGCGAGAAAAAAUGCUUCAGCGGCUUGCUUUGUACUUCGAAACCUCGGCAAGAAAAAAAAUCCAAUCUCGGUCCACAGUGGUCGAAAUUUCUCGUUCAAGAUCUCUUUUUGAAGCUCUCAAAAUUCUCCUUUUUGAAAAAUACGUGUCCAAGUCGAAGACGUUUUGCGAAAGACUUAAAUCCAUAAACUUCUACUGCAAUAUGUGCGAUAAUUCUCUGCAGUUUUAUUGACACACUUAGAACAAAAGGAUACCUUUCAAAUUUCGCGGCCCUGGGCAGCUUAAUUAAGCCAUUGUUCAGUUCCUUUGAAUUCGCUUCUGAGUCUUCCGCCAUAAAAUAUCACCUUCUUUGAACCGAGUCAAAAAGAGCACUCUCGAAGGGAAAGUCCGGAGGAAUAAAUUGAGCCUUCAGGGUACAAAAUCCAGCGGUUAUGCCCAUUUCUGAAAUACACACUUAAAUCGUCGUGAAGUUGUAAUGGGCGUCCUCAGCUCCUUUGACUAAAAUGAGGGCAAAAUGCGGCUUUGGAGGACAAAAAUAAAGUCAGAUUGUGCUUUUUAAGACAAAAUUAUACAAAUAAUCAGUCGAAAAUCCAAAAUAAUGCUAGCAGUGCUUUUUGGGAUAAAAUGUAAAAAAAAAAUGCUCGCGAAGCCAAAUAAUGCUAAAAAAAGUGCUAGCACUAUCGGUAAGAGCCUAAUCACGAGUACUAACCAGUCUUGGUAGUGACAUGCCAUCGGUAUGGAAUUUCUGCACUGGUUCCUCUGAUAUUGUUUCGUGUGGAAACCAGUGGUGAGUUCAUGAAGUGUUGGCUGUUUUCUCUGGAAACAUGGUCAUUGAACUGACAAUGAACAAACCCUAUCACUUAACAGCAAAAUAAUUCAUAACAUACAGUGCCUGGGAAAAAUAUCCAUCCAAGUGGCUUCUGAUAAACUGCGAAAUUCUUCUGACAAAUUUUCUCAUGUUCUCUCUGUAACUGAGAGAGUGAGUCAGACUUUGGUAUUUGAUUAGAAGUCAGUUAGGGCUUUACGCCACUGUAGGCAAACUUCUUCGAUUUUUUAAUUCAUUAGACUUUUAAUUUGAAACACUAGUUCUGUAUUGAGCAAAUAGGAUAAAGUUAAGGGUCAAGGUUAAAUCAUCCAGUAUGAUAAAAUUUUACACUACAGCUUUGAGAUCCUAGUAACAUUAUUCAAGCUAUAGCAUAUCUGCUUGUUUUUUUUGUGUGUGUGUCAGGCAGUUGAUUGGUGGAGCUUAGGCGUCCUGAUGUAUGAACUGCUGACAGGUGCAUCUCCCUUCACUGUUGAUGGAGAGAAGAACAGUCAAUCUGAGAUAUCAAAGUAAGAAAGGUUUGCUCAUUAAGGGUUAGGAAUGGUAAAAUCUGAGAGUCCCCGACAGGAUUCAAACCUAUAACAUCCCAAAAAAUGAAUGGAUGCUAUAUGUACUCAACUACACAAAGACUUGUGGAUAGCAUUAUAUAUGCAUUACUCACCAAGUGUGAGGUCAAGAUAGCUGGAUAUCGGCCAAGUUCUUUUUUUGCAUUUUUAUUAACCGAGACAGAACAAGGCCAAUAUCUGGCUGUCUUAACCAAAUGAGCUUGGUCAAUAAAGGAUUUAUUUUAUGGCCAAAAAGAGAAUGUUUUCUUGCGGGACCUACAUGGGAAAUUGUGAGUGGGAAAGAUGGACCCAUCUUUCCCACUUGGGUAGCCAAUCAGAAUGCAGGAUUAGGGUCAUCUUGUCCACUUCCAAAUAAGGCCAUAUUAUAGUAAACUAGGUUCUUAUGUGCAUAUUAUCUGCAUACUGCUCAAAUCAGCAAUGACAGUGUAAUAUGAAUAGUGGGUACGUUUUCUCACCAUUUAAUUUUUCUUGUUCUUCAGGCGCAUUCUUUACAACAGUCCUCCAAUGCCACCAGACAUUUCAUGGGAUGUAAGGGAUCUGCUUCUCAAGCUCUUACAGAAAGACCCAAAAGUACGGCUAGGAGCCAAGGGUGCUCAUGAGAUUAAAGCACAUUCUUUCUUCAAGGUAACUGCAGUGUUACGUCUUGAUCAGGCUGUGUAUAUGUGCUGUUACUGUUGCUAUAGACCAAUGACAACAGAUGAUGAUGAUGAUGAUGAUGAUGAUGAUGAUGAUGAUGAUGAUGAUGAUGAUGGUGAUAGUCAGGGCACGUGAUGACCAUGAUGGUGACCAUGAUGGAUAAAUUAAAGUCAUGGGUAUUAUGCACCUUGGGAAUGUAACUCUACCUUAAAAGAUGGGGCCUGCAACCUUUUUAUGCAGAUUCCGAACACAGAUAUUUUCUCUCCUUCCUCAUCAUUAUAGUUCAAAUUCUUUUUUAACAGUCCAUAAACUGGAACCUGUUGUCCCAGAGGAAGGUAGCAGCACCCUUCAAACCACGCAUUAGGGAUGAACUGGAUGUGAGUAAUUUUGCUGAGGAGUUCACAGACAUGGUACCAACAUACUCUCCCGCUGCUGCUCCAAAGACUGCAGACAGAAUUUUCAAGGUGAGAUCAAACUAUGUUAUAAUAUUGUUAGUGCCAUCACUAGUCCACCACAAAGUAAAAACUCAUCUCACUUGGCAUGGCAGUUAACUGGUUUGAUCAAUAUUUGAUCAAAAUAUGAUUGAAAACUAGUUACUUUUGGUGAAAAGCCUGCAUUAUUUUUGUUGCUAUCAGGGCACGAAAUUAACUUUUUUGGCAAGGAGCCAUCUGGCUCCUAAAUUUUCCAAAGUGGUCGCCGAGGCCAAAAAGUUAGGAGCCAUUAAAAAAAAAAAGAUAGUUGAAAAAACGCAUUAUACAGUAAUGUCAAAUGGAAGGGUUUUCCUAGCUUUGAAGUGAAGUGUCAGCGCAACCACUUAAAAGGGAUAAGCAAUUAAUCAAACAAAGGUAAACGUAUCUACCCGAGUUAUCUGAAUUAUUUUAAUGCUAUUUGCAGUAUUAUCAAGCCAUUAAUAAUAAUAAUUAACAGACUGAAUUUUCCAGCAUUACAUGCACCUUAGUAACAACACUGAUUGCAAUUUCUGUCAACUGACACCUUGAAAUUCAAGUAGUUUAAAGGGAAUCUAGCAACUUUUAACUAGUGUAUAGUUGUGACCUAUUUCUACUGAACAACAAGAUUUCUCAACUGAACAUAAUUUCAGAUUCCAAAUGUCAGAACGCUAAUCCAUUCCCAGGUUCUUUGUAAACAAUAAAAGUCAUUGCAAUGUAUUUUCUGACUGCUAUGAUACUAUGUUGGUUGGCCUAAAUCUGCUCUUUUGUGCAAAUUAUAGUUUUUGCAUAACUAACGGCUUGCAGACUCUCAUUGUUUUUGUGCAUGGAUCUGUCACAUGAAUGCCUGAAAACUUAAAUCAAGGUUCUCACACUUCUGAAAUUCCUGGUACCUCUGAAACUUAAUGCAGUUUUUCUUUCAGGGCCACAGAAAACACCCUGAACAUUUUACCUUUUGUAGCCAUUCAGGACUGAAAUUAAUAAUAUUGUGUUGUUCGAAUAUCUCAGUGGGACACAAUGAGAAUAAAGACAGUUUAUUUUAAUUUACAUCUUUUACAGAACAUGGUUGAAAAAAAAAAAAUUAAAUCAAAUUGCCAGUGAAAACUGUUUUUACUUAGAACACUCCAGCCUUUUAGAACAUGACCUAUUAUAAACUAUUUGAAUUUUUUACCUAUAGGGGUAUUCAUUUGUUGCUCCUUCAAUUAUUUUUGGUGAAAAUGAGUUUUCAAAGCGAUUUAUUGCCAACAAGCCAUCAGAAAACAGACCUCUCCCUGGUGCUGUGGACUAUGCUGCAUUGUUUGAGGUAAUGCUUGAAUUAUUGUCAAUCAAAUUAAAUGAAUGAGAAAGUUUUUUCCUUUGAGUAAAAAAUUGAAGUUGUGGGUGAAGUAUUAACAUUACUGUUAAUCGCUGGCUUCAAAAUUCUUAGGGGCACCCAACGACUGUUGUCUGUAAAAUAUCUGUGUAGAGAAGCAAAAAUUGUCUAGAAUUUUCUAUAGCUUAUCAAGCUGAGGAAGGCUUAAAAUUUCUAGAUGACCAUUUCAUUCAGGUACAAAUUUCAAAGCUUAUCUAACAAAUUCCCUACUAUUUACUAAAGUUUAAUUUUUUACAUUUCACUCCUCAGGUUGAGUUAUUUUUCGUAGAAAAAGGAAACCUAAAUUUUCUGAUUCGAAAAUGCGAUGGAGAGAGGAAUAAAAAAAAUUCUCACUUUCGUAAUACUUUAAAAUGCAUCUAAAGUUUUUUGGAAAAUAUUACGAAGCCCUUGUAAUUUUGAAAAGACUCACGUAGCCCUAGGACGACUGAACAGAUAAAAAUUUUAUAGCACCACUUAGAAUGCAUUUCUAGAGAUUUGAAAGUACUCUGGAUAGCCUAAAAAGUGUUUACAAUGCAUUUAGCUUAGGAGUAAACCGUCUUUUGGUGCCCUUGAAUUCUGGAAAGUUUUUUAAAUUUGUUUCCAAGGGAGUACACUGCAAGCAGUCACUCUUUUUCUUCAGACUUAGUGAGGGGAGUGCACAUGCACAUGAGUGACGAGGGUGGCAGCCUCUUCUGCCUUGCACCCUCAGUCACGUGCAUGGUCGUUUUCAUCUCUUGUGUGUUUUGCUCAAUGGACUAAGAAAAAAGAGAGAUUGUUCAUGGCCAGGUCCUUAUGUCUAGCUAGUUCAUGUUAGUUCUGCUUUUUGUCACCAUUUCUAAUGGUCACAUUAGGCCUGGUUCAAGUGAUUCACGUGAGCUGAAUUGAAUUCAGUGAAUUAAGUUUUUUAAGUUAAAUGUCACCUGAAUCAGUUCAAAAUGAUAUGGCUAAUUGCAUUUGGAUCUGCUGGGCCGUUCUUUAAACCUGGCUCAGCUGGGAAUAACGGGUGACAACUGGCAUUGAUUCAGAUACUGAACUUUACAUGAGCCAAAUCAAGUGCAUAAAUUAUUAAAAUGUUGUCCACAGAAAUGUGCAUUUUUCCCUUUUGAAUUUAGUUUGGCUGCAGGCUGCAAAGAAAGUCCGUUUUACAGCUUGCCUUUCGGACAAGCCAUAGCUAGUAUGUUCUAGCCCAUGCAAGAGUCACUUUAUAUAGGCCGAAAAUUUUUUUUCGAUGAGCAGGACUGAUAACAGUGAAUUCCCCAAAAAACUUGACCUGCCCAUCGGGCAAGUUGAGAACAGAAUUCACCAGCCCAGUAGCAAAAUCCACUAGCCCCGGGCUAUCGGACACCACUUCCUUUGCCUGCUUGGCUGGAAUAAAAAUUGGCGUCUGAAUCAAUUCAGCCGGCAUAAAUUAAUAUGAGUGGGCCUAAACUCAUAUGAAGCACGGUUUCUGGACCGGCCUUAAUAAGCCCUUCUGCUCCUUUUCAUCUGUUGAGUAAUUCCUGUGACUCAAAUAUGUUAUUAAAAAUUAAAAGAAAUUUGAUUUUUUGUGUAUCAUUUCCAUGGCUACUGUUAGUGUUAUAGGGAAGUGGAGUACUGGAUAAAAUAAUUGGAAAUCUUCUUAAGUGCAUUGUUAUAUAUUAUUAAAUAAAUGCUUAUUAUAAAUUGUCAAAUUAUCUAUCUUUACAGGAUUCUCCUUUCUUUAAAAAUUAUGUCAUAAAAGAUGAAGUUCUUGGUGAUGGAAGCUUCUCCACAUGCAGGUGAGAUUUUAAACCUGAAACCAAUAAUCAGUACUCCAAGCUCAACUUUUUCAAAGUCACGUUUUGGCAGCCAACGUAAGAUUACAAAAUGGCUCCUGGACACAAAAUAUUGGGCACUUUCCAUUCGACCUAAACUUCAAGGUUUUAUAAGAAAAUGGAGCAUAAAUAAUGUUUUCAUGAUUUUUUUUUAAUCUCACUUAAGCUUUUGAAAGAUAAUUCAACCAAUAAGUAGGGUACGGCUUGCCACAUGACUGCUGAACACAGGUUGGCCAGUUGGUGACAUUCUCUACACUUUUAGUUUCCAAAAUUUUUUUUCUACUCACCAAGGCAACCAAAUUGGUCACAGCUUGGAGAGCUGAUCAUAGGCUCUUAUAUUGUUGGAUGCCUUAUGGGGGAUGUAACUUUGUACUAAGUUUGUGGAUGAAAUCCCUUGGGUGGCUAUCAAUUGAAUUCUACUGAACAGUUCUUUUCUGCAGUACUGUUUAUUGCAUCAAUUUUCUCUGAGCUAGUUCUGACUUUUGAUUCUUAAUGGAUGUAAUAUUCUAUUAGUCUACAUUGUAUGUAGGGUUUGCCCAUUCCAUGAAAUUUCUCUUUCUACUCAGAAACAGGUGAAAUUAUAUUAUUAAUUGAACAAAAAAAAAUAGUAAUAAAUUCCUGUGCUAAUUGUGACUUCUCUUUUAAAAGGAAAUGUGAACACAUACAGACUGGUAAAGCUUAUGCUGUUAAAGUUAUUAGUAGAAGGUAAAUAUUCUUUCAGUUUCUCAAUACCUUGUUUCUUUGUGAAAGAAUAUUACAUUAUAAAAAGUAUUUGUUGGUAGUGAUGUCAGUAACAAUGAUAAUUAAGAAAGAGUUAGAGUAAUUACUUCUAAUGUCAUAAAAAGUGGCAGAGGAAAAAGUGAGUUAUGGAUGGGAUUUGCAACCAAUUGACUGCUUGCAGAUUAAUUUCGCAUGCCUGGAGACUUCCCUUUGCAGUACUCCCCCUCUCCCUCCCCUCCCACCCAACAACAAUUUAUUAUCCCCUGCUCAUAAACACAUUUGAACCAACCUGUCUGGGUGGGAGUCAGGAUAUUAUAAAGUCUUACAUGAAGUACAGUUUGUCAAAAUUCCCUUUUGUGACCAACUAGUCAGUGAUGAGGUAUGUGCAAAAAUGCUGCAGAAACUUAACUGCACUAUGACUCAAAACAUUUUUGAAUUUUGGGGGAAAAUGAGCUAAAUUUGAGACUAGUAAGUAACGGAAAAGUUAUCCAGGAGAUUUGGUGACUCAGACAGGAGACCAAGAGUGAGAUCAGGCCAUAUCCAGAGGUUCCUAGACAAAACAGAAGAGUUGUAUAUUAUAGAAAGUAGAAUGGCCUCAAGCUAAUUCAAGAAAAGUUCAUGUGAAUGACCAUGCACUCCCCCAAAUCUCCAAUUUUAAAACAGAUUCACAGUGUUUCAUUUGAUGUCUUUAAAUAUGCUGACCCUAGUUUUCCCAAGACAAAAAUGUCAUGCCUUUAAUUUGUCCCCAAAAAGCUGGACAGCAAGACUUUAGAUGACCACCUAAAACUGGCGAGGUCUCUCCAGUUGUAGGAGACAUACAAACAGUGCACUUGUCUACUGAUUACUACUUCAUUUUUAAAAUAUAUUCAUUUGACACCUAAUAACUAUUGUUAGGCUAUUUUAUAGAACAACAUGUUACAAUGGUAUUAUACCUGCCAAUUAACUCUCACGCCUGCGGGUUGAAAAAUUCGAUCUCACGCCGGCUCACGCUUGCAGGCCAAUUUCUCACGCCUGAUUGAAAAAUGUGAGUUGUUGCAGUCUUGCUUGACACAAUUUCCAAAAAUAUGUUAACUCAGACCCAUGUAAGGAACGAAAACCAUGUGUAAAAUGAAUAAAUGACAAUACCUUCCUCGUGAUCUCUGAUUUUGUGGAUAAGACUUCGGAUGUCUUCGGAAGACUUCGGACUUCUUCGGGAGACUUUGGACUUCUUCGGGAAUCUUCGGAAAUGAUCGUGUCGUCUUCAAACAUCCCAGCACUCCCAGGAUAAAAAUCUCACGCUUAUAUCUCAGAAAAAGUUGGCAGGUAUAUGGUAUGUGUUAAGAUUGCCGGAGAUUGUGGGCAAACAAAGAUAACAUUUAUAGCAUUAUUAUUAAAUAUAAUUUUGUGUUAUAUUUUUUUCAGACGUGACCACAUUCGAGAGGAGCAGUCAUUAAGGAUAUGUCAAGGGCACCCCAAUAUAGUAAAGCUUCAAGAAGUGUUUCAGGAUGCUGUAAGUGCUCUGCAAUCAAGAAUCCUCAUAUUUUACAAUCUUUAAGAAGCUUUGUCCAUGUACAAAGUGUUUUGUAAUUAUAAUGCAUUCACCCAGUUUAUAUGAUUGAAGGAUAUAGGCUUAUCAUUGUUAUUCUUCCUGGAAAUGGACAACUUUCUUGGGCCCUGGCUAAUUGCAUACACUGCAAUGCUCAUACAAUGUUUUUCCAUGUUCCACUUUUUAUCGGGCUGCCCGUGAGGGCAACACGCAAUUAAGAAAUGCAGAGAAGCAAAUUCUUUCUAUGUCAAAAAAAGACAAAAUGGUGGACAGAACUUCCUGAAGAUUUUGCAUGUCCCAUUCCCCCUUCAAUGGGGCCUAUUUUUGCAGGGAGGGGACAGGUCAUUUCUGGUCAUCUGGCAAACAGAAUUGGAAGUCGAUUUGGAAUGAACACAAAAUUAUUCUGUAGAGUUAUUGGCCCUAUAUCUAUGCCAAAUGAUCAUGACUAUCUAAGUACAGUAAUCGAAUGAUGUUGUUAGCCUAUGCAGGUGCUGCAGGAACAAUGCCCUCCCAUGGUCAUGGGAAAAGCUUAAAACUUAUUGCAAUUUAUUUCAUUACCAGAAAGGAAUAUGCUAUUUGUUGAUCGCCCCCGUCAAAUAGAAACAUUAUUCACUUGGAUAGUUAGAAGGGCUUUUAAUGCAAUUUAUCUGAAAGAAAUAAAACUGGAACUUAAUUCGCUUUUCAAGUUCUUAAGAAACAGAAAACUAUUAUUAAAAACACGAAAAUUGACCCUUUAUAUAAGACAGUGUAGAACAGCUAUAAUGUUUGGAAUUUCCCGUUUGAUCAGAUUAGUCACAUUAGUACUAUUAUUCUACAUAUUUGGUGGGAGAGGGAUGGGAUGUUUCAGUUAAAAAUAAUGCCGAUCAUUUCUUGCAUCAAAAAGCUAUUUCUAUCCCAUUCCACAUAUUAGGAGUAGCUAUACACCUAAACUGGUAAAAAGUGUACAAUAAUAAAUUGUUAUUAUAAUCUUUACUUCGCAAAAUAAAAAACUACUGCAUCGCGCAUUCGGCAGCCUCAAAACCAGGCCCAAUAUAUGGGGGUCUUGUUUAAAUUUGUUUUCAUUGAUCUCUUUCAGUUUCACACCUAUUUAGUACUGGAAUUACUUAGUGGCGGAGAACUUCUAGAGAGAAUCCGUAAGAAGAAGAAUUUUAGUGAAGCAGAAGCAAGUAACAUCAUAAGAAAAUUAGCCUCAGCUGUGGAAUUUAUGCAUGGGAGAGGAGUUGUUCAUCGCGAUCUAAAACCUGAGGUACAUAAAGAUGCAAGCCAUCACAAUUUACCACUGCGGGAUACAAACACAUGUGAAGUACCACCUACAUGUGUAAUACCUUUUGAUCUGGAAACUCUACAUCUAGAAAGAAGUUAUCCCGAGAUCAUUCCCUCUCUGUUUUUUUGUUGUUAUUGUUUUUGUUAUUUUCACUCUCCAGCUCCCAAAAAAGGGAAAAAAACCCUCAUCACAAGUUAGAAUGAAGUAUCUAUAUCUGAGACAUAAAAAAGAGUAUUCAAAAUUUGUCUUUUUCUCAUACAAGGUAUCAUGAUUUUAGAUAUAGAAUCCAUCUAAAACAAGUUUUAAAUAAUUAAUAUUAUUAUUUGAAGGCAUGGGUGGCAUGUACUCACCCAAACUUCAUUAAUUUCCCCUCCCACCCAACCCAGGAAAAAAUUUAACCCUUCAAACAUCAAGUAUCACUUUGCAUAUUCACUUCAUACUGUUGUUGUAAUGAUGCACUUCGUUUUUUAAAUAAAAAUGUUUCUGCUCUUUUUCAGAACUUGUUAUUUGAGGAUAACACUGAAAAUGCUGAAUUAAAAAUUGUUGACUUUGGGUUUGCAAGACUUAAACCUGAAAAUCAACCCUUACAAACACCCUGCUUUACUGCAGCCUAUGCCGCUCCAGAGGUAAUAAGUCAAAUCUCUCUCCGAAGUGGUUAUGAUGAGUCAUGUGAUCUGUGGAGUCUUGGAGUAAUAAUGGUAAGUGAAAGAAUUCCUUCUAUUUUCGUGAUUUUCCAAACCUCAUCAUUUUGUAAAAGAAAGAUGUGCACUCAGGUUGAAAAGGAGGUCAGUGUUACUGCUUACCUACUGUAAAGCUGUAACCAGCAAGUACAAGCACAAGAGUCAUUUUAACAAGACCCCUAAACAUUUUGGUGAGCAGGAUUAUUAUUAUUAGUUAUAGAUUAAUUACAGCUUUUGUGAAUAAUUAACUAAAGGUAAUAUAAGUAUUUAAACAAAUACAUUAUGAAUACUUUAUACCAACUAAUAUAAUUUGCAGUCUGUCUACUUUGAAUUAUUAAUUACUGCACUAGCUAUGUUAUUUCAUUUUUAUAGUAAUUAAAUAUUGUAAUAUUUUCAUUUUGUGGGAUUGGUUUGCGCACUUUCCAUUCAGCCGAAAAUUUUGGUUAGAAACCUAAUGGAACGGACCAUUUGGGACUGGUCUGACUGGAAUAUUUGGGACCACCUUUGAAGGUGGUCCAUCAUGACCAGUCUGGUCAUUUCGGUUGGCAAGACCGAAAUGUCCGUUUUCAUUUGAAAAAUUGGUGUCCCCAGCACUACUUUUUUAUAUUAUGCUUGCAAGAAGAAUGAGCAAAUGUGCGGUUGCUUAGGUUGGGUCUAUGCAACCAGAAAAUCCGAAAAUUUGGUUGAAUGGAAAGUGCCCCUUAUUCCAUAAAGGAUGCAGGACAGACUAUGCGGCAUUCAAGACUUGAAUGAAAUGGGUGACAGCUGUUAGUGGAGGAAGGGGAUUGAGGAAUUUGCUACCUGUUGAUUCGUAACUGAAAGUGGUACGGUCUGUUGAUUUAAGUGGACUCUAAUGGGACCCAAACAACCUACUACUCAUAUCAAGGCACCCAAAAAUCAUUUGCCAAAUUUUUCUGCCCCAAAACGUCUGGAAUGGAAAAUUUGAAACUGAAAAAAUCCAUUGAUCAUCCCCUUCACAUAAACUCUGGAGUACCCCUCCCUCUGGUCUCCAGGUUUAUAGAACUUGACUCCUAACAAUGAACUGCUUGAUAUUUACAGUACACAAUGCUAUCUGGGCAGGUGCCAUUCCAGAGCAGUAACAGUUUUAGAUCUUCAGACUUAAUAAUGCAGAGAAUUACGCAUGGAGACAUCAGAUUUGAAGGACCUCAGUGGGAGUCGAUAUCCCCAGCAGCAAAGGACCUCAUCAAAGGUAUUAUAAUUAUAGCAGAAUAAAGGCUAGCUGAAAAUGUUGCAAUUUUGCAUUGGUGUCCCUGUUUUACAACUUGUCAUUGUCAACAAUUAGAUAAAGCCUCUUAAGCUUUUUUUAAGUGAAAGUAUUUAACAAAAAUAAAUUUGAUAUUGUCCUUGAAUUUCAUUUUCGAAAAGAUUAAGUAUGGAGUGAAAGGAGGAGAAGACAAGAUUGUCUCUUUUGCACUACCCCCUUCCCCAACAUCAAUCCCCAUUGUUUUUAAACACAAAUUUACUCAGUCCUCAAAGUAUAAUGUGGGACAGGACAUUAUGACGUACUCUUACAUGAGUAUAGACCAUCAAAUUUAGUCAAAAAUUAAUAGUCUUCUCAGUGUUAUUGCCACAGCAUUGAAACCGUGCUAUGGAAGAAUUUUUUUUUGUUAAUUUUGGGGAGAAAUGGGUUAGAUUUAAAACUAAAGAACAGAAAAGCUCAGAAUUCCAUUUUAUCUGGGAUUUUUGGUGACCCAUAUUGGAGACCAAGAGAUUUGUGCCAUAUUUGAGAGAGUUAAGGAGGGAUUAAGAAAAAUGUACCAUCUGUGAAAGGUGUCUUGAAUGUUGAUAAAUUGAGCAUCAAACUCAGCAGACUUAACCAUUUCUUAAAACCUUUUUUUUCUUAGGACUGUUAACCGUGGAUCCAAGCCAGAGAUUAAAAGUGAGGGAAGUUUUGUAUCAUGAGUGGUUGCGAGGGAGUGCGUGUCUCCCACACACCCCCCUAAUGACACCUGGAAUUCUAGGUAAAGGACACAAAAGGACUUAUGUCGAUGCUGCUCUGAAUGUGACAUAUGACGCAUUUAACAGAGCACAUAAAGAAGGAUUCACAUUAAUGGAUGUUCAACAAGCUCCGCUUGCUAAACGACGGAAAAAGAACAAGACAACGUCAACGGACAGUAGAUCUACAACGAGUAGUGAUCACAGUAACAGUGGAGGAACAUCACCAUUACUUAACCAAAGGUGACAUGGGGGAAAAUGCCAAGGUUAAUUGAAUUAUAAUUUGAAACCUCUAACAUAGAAAAUGAUGGAUAAUUAUAGAUAAUGUAGAUAUGUGUGACAUCACUCCAAGUGAAGCAAAACAAUGCAUAAUUUAAGGAUAGUAUGUAUGUAGAUUGUUAAUAACUAUACAUCAAGUAUUUGAGAUGUACUAUGGGAAAAUCAAAUGGCUGCCAUGUGCAAUUCUGUUAUGUUGUCAAUAUAACUGCAAGCAAAUACUAACAAGAUUACAUGAUGAUGUUCUUAUAAAUUUGUAAUCUCCAGUCGUCUUUCUCAUUUGCCUUCCUUAUUGGCAAAUUAUUUUUAUGUAAAGUUAGAAUCCUAAGGAAUCCCAAUAAAUCAAGACUAUACUUCAGCAGUUUCUGGUUGUCCCUGGUGAUUUACACAACUUGUAUGUGAGGCAACCAUGAUUUCAUUCAAGCUUUUGGCUCCUUAACACUUUUUAUUCCAGUACAGUUGUGAAAUUCCCCUGGUGAUAUCCUAUUAUUGUGAUAUAACUUGCCAGGGACCACCAGGUGCUGCUAGAACACAGCUCUACUCAGAUUCAAAAAAUUCAAAUUAGUAAAAUGAAUGAUUAAAAAGUAAAAAACAGGAUCACUGGAGAGCCAUAACGUUGACUUUAAGUCUAUUAAAUUUUUAAGGGAAUAGGUUUAACUGUUGGCAGUUUGUAGUUUUUGUAUAUAUUACCUUAGUGAAAGUACAUAGAGAUUUAGAGA